UAAUUUUGUUUCAGUGGGCAGAUGCACCCUUGGCCAUAAUAAUGUUCGACACUUGCAACGAGCCUUCCUUCCAGCACGUCUCAACAUGGGCCUCGAGGCUCUCGAAGAACAGCACCUGCGGUCCUAAAAUUGGCGUCUUGGUGGGAACCAAGGCAGACCUCAAGGAACGCCGUCGCAUUUCAUCCAAGGAAGGUCAGGAGAUGGCGGAAAAGAUCGGUUUCCACUACGUGGAGUCAUCAGCGAAAGAAGGCGAAGGGGUUCAGGAACCAUUCUUCUAUCUCGCAAGCCAGUGGCACAAGACCCACAACGAGAGAAGCGAACUGCAAGAUGGCGACGUCUUGUGAACCGACCGCACCUAACGCUGCUGUGUCUACGCUUUUUCGUGCACCCAGUUGUACGGACAAUAAACAAA